AUGGACAUUCUCGAACUCAUCCAUUCUGAGGGCCACCAUCACGAUUCGAGGCCUUUCCGUUGCACCUGGAUCCAGUGUGGCAAAGCAUUCUCUCGUCGGUCUGACCUUGCGCGCCAUGGCCGAAUUCACACCAACGAAAGGCCCUUUGUUUGCCCUGAACCAGGCUGCACAAAGUCAUUCAUCCAGCGCUCCGCUUUGACAGUGCAUCAGCGAACACACACCGGUGAGAGACCCCACGUGUGCGAAUACCCAGAUUGUCAAAAGCGCUUUAGCGACAGCAGCUCACUAGCACGGCACCGUCGCAUCCACACAGGAAAACGCCCCUACAAGUGCAUCAUCGACGGUUGCGGCAAGAGUUUCUGCCGAAAGACCACACUCACAAAACACCAUCGUAAAGAACACGUCUUGCUUCGUCGGCCGACCAUGUGGCGUCAUAUUGGAGGCGACGCGAUCGGCUCAGCUAUCUUUCACCAAGAGAUUGACUACCCCUAUCCUGGCCACCCUCAUCCAUCACUCCGCAUUCAGAUGCCUCCCUAUCAUCACGGCUUGAUCUCGCCCCUCCAUACACCUCCUCAUGAGCCCAUGUCCCCCAUCUCUGCCUCGUCGCCCGUCUUACCCUUGACUCCAUUGACUCCCAUGGCUCCCAUGGGCACUAUGGCCAGCGUACCCCAUAUGGAACCUCUGCCCGCGGUGCAGCAGCCAAAGCAUCAGUACUUUGUGCCCUGUCGCACAAUCCAGCAACAUCAACAGCCUCAGGCCAUGACCUGCGAACCGGCCUAUCCGCCGUUCAUGAAUCAGUAUGCGUCCAAUGGGAUGGGCAAGCCUGUGGAGUAUAUGCGCGCAGUACCUCAUGCCUUUGCAACUCAGGCCAUGUACUCUCCGUACUACUGA